AGAACAAUGCCCCUCUUCUUCCAACACAGAACCUCUGUUUCCCUCCUCCUCCUCCUCCCCCUCAUCCUCCUGCUAAUCUCCGGCCACUCGCACGGCCACACGAAAGGCCUCCGGCAGGGAAAUCAGCCACAUUAUUCCGGCAACACGACGCAGCAAAGAUUGAUAGAACAACAGUUCAUGAGAUGGGUAAAGUUCGUCGGAAGCCUCCGGCACAGCCUCUUCGGCCGAGCAAUGAACAAACUGUUUCCUUCCUACACUCUCACCGUCGACAAGAAUCCAGCAAAGGGAGACUUCACCACCAUUCAAGAAGCCAUCGACUCGCUUCCCGUUAUCAAUUUACUUAGAGUUAUCAUCAAAAUCAAUGCCGGAACUUACACGGAGAAGGUCAGCAUUUCGGCAAUGAAAGCAUUUAUAACAAUAGAGGGAGCAGGGGCGGAUAAGACCGUCGUGCAAUGGGGAGAUACAGCAGAUACCAUUGGAGCAAAAGGGCAGCCUUUGGGAACUUACAAUUCUGCAACUUUUGCUGUUAAUUCCGCUUUCUUCGUAGCUAAGAACAUCACUUUCAAGAAUACGAGUCCAGUGCCAAAACCAGGAGCGGUCGGGAAGCAGGCGGUGGCGAUGAGGAUAUCAGGCGAUACGGCGGCGUUCUUGGGAUGCAAGUUCUUGGGAGCGCAAGACACAUUAUAUGAUCAUCUUGGCCGCCAUUACUAUAAGGACUGCUACAUUGAAGGUUCUGUGGAUUUUAUCUUUGGGAAUGCCCUCUCCCUCUAUGAGGGAUGUCAUAUGCACGCAAUAGCAGAGAGCAUUGGAGCCGUGACGGCGCAGAAUAGAAUGAGCCUGCUUGAUCCGACGGGGUUCUCCUUCGUGAACUGUAAGGUAACAGGCUCGGGCGCCCUCUAUUUGGGAAGGGCUUGGGGCACCUUCUCUCGGGUCAUCUUCGCCUACACGUACAUGGACGAUAUUAUAAUUCCCAGUGGUUGGUCUAAUUGGGGAGACCCUAAUCGAGAGAUGACUGUAUUCUACGGGCAAUACAAGUGCAGUGGGCCAGGAGCCAACUAUGUUGGAAGGGUUCCAUGGUCACGAGAGCUCACUGACGAGGAGGCAAAGCCCUUUAUCUCCUUGAGCUUUAUUGAUGGAGUCGAGUGGAUCAAAUUAUGA